GCCGAGGACUUUCCCGCCAACUUCACCAUCGGCGACCUGGACGCCUUCACGCGCUACCUCUUCGAUGAGCUUCUCGAGCUGGCCGACUUUGACAUGAGGGCGGCGGGCGAUGAGGAGGGCUGCACCCGAUUCCACUUUCUCCCUCGUUUCACACGCCUCCUCGCCGACGGCGGCAAGGAGCUCCUCUCCAUGGCCGCCGUCCUCGACUACCUCCGAAAGAGCUCCCGCCCGCUGAUCGAGGACUCCGCCCUGGACGACAUUGAGGCGAUGAGUGACACGCAGUGGAAUGAACUGACGCGAAAGCACAAGGGCUCGCUGCUGACCUGUCCGGGGGUGAAGCCCAGCACGCUGCGAGUCGAUCAGAUUGAUCGGGACUCCUCCUCCUCGAUGGACCACCGCUACCCCGUGCUGGUCCACUUUGGCAUCCGCCCCCCGCAGCUGAGCUACGCCGGCAAUCCCAAGUACCAGCGGGCGUGGCGCGACUACGUCAAGUACCGCCACCUGCUGGCCAACAAGGACCGCGUCAGCUUCUCCGACAAGAUGCUGUUAUCGGCCAAGGAGCAGAAGCUGGCCGAGUUUCGCACCAAGUCCGAUUUGAAGCGGGACGUCACCGUGGUUGUGAGCAGCCGCGGCUUCCUCACCACCGGCCUGCAGACCGACCUGGUGCAGCACUCCCUCCUCAUGCCCGUCCUCGUCUGCCACCUCCGCUUUCACUACUCACUGCAGCACCUGGAGCAGAUCGUCGGCUAUCGCUUCAAGGAGCGGGCCACCCUUCAGCUGGCGCUCACCCACCCCAGCUACCGCGAGAACUACGGCACCAACCCGGACCACGCCCGCAACACUCUGACCAACUGCGGCCUACGGGCGCUCGAGUACGGCGACCGGCGGGUGCACUUUGCCAACACGCGCAAGCGAGGCAUCAACAUGCUCAUCGCCAUCAUGUCCCGCUUCGGCUGCCCCGAGGAGACCGCCUCGCACAUCAACCACAACGAGCGGCUGGAGUUUCUGGGGGACGCCGUGGUGGAGUUCCUCACCUCCAUCCACCUCUACUACCUCUUUCCGGAGCUGGAGGAGGGCGGGCUGGCCACCUACCGGGCGGCCAUCGUGCAGAACCAGCACCUCGCGCUGCUCGCCCGCAAGCUGCAGCUGGAGCGGUUCAUGCUGUACGCGCACGGCAGCGACCUCUGCCACGACCUGGAGCUGCGCCACGCCAUGGCCAACUGCUUCGAGGCCUUCAUGGGGGCGCUCUUUCUCGACGGAGGGAUCGAGGUGGCCGACGGCGUCUUCUCGCGGACGCUCUUUCAGGAGGAGGACGCCGAGGUCGGCCGCACCCUCUACUCCAUCUGGACCACCCUCCCUGCCCACCCCCUGCAGCAGCAGUACCCCGAGGGUGACCGCCAGCUGAUCGCCAGCAUUCCCCGCCUCCAGGAGCUGGCCCGCUUCGAGGAGGUCAUCGGCGUGCAGUUCCGCCACAUUCGCCUGCUGGCCCGUGCCUUCACCCACCGCUCCGUGGGCUUCAACAACCUGACGCUGGGCAGCAACCAGCGGAUGGAGUUUCUCGGGGACACCGUCCUCCAGCUGGUGACCAGCGAGUUCCUCUACAAGUUCUUCCCCGACCACCACGAGGGCCACCUGUCGCUGCUGCGCAGCUCCCUCGUCAACAACAAGACGCAGUCGCUCGUCUGCGACGACCUCGGCAUCACCCCCGUCACCCACUACAACUGCGUCAAGCUGGAGCUGAAGACGAAGGACCGAGCGGACCUGCUGGAGGCCUUCAUCGGCGCCCUCUACGUCGACCAGGGCAUCGAGCACUGUCGCCGUUUCUGCGAGGUGUGCUUCUUUCCCCGCCUGGAGGAGUUCAUCAGCAACCAGGGCUGGAAUGAUCCCAAGUCGAAGCUGCAGCAGUGCUGCCUGACGCUGCGCUCCGCCAACGGCGGCGAGCCGGACAUUCCCGUCUACAAGGUCAUCGAGAGCAAAGGACCGACGAACACGCGAAUCUACGUGGUGGCCGUCUACUUUCGCGACCGCCGCCUGGCCGUCGGCAAGGGCCACAGCAUUCAGGAGGCGGAGAUGAACGCCGCCACGAAUGCACUCAACUCCUCCAAAGGUUAG